GUAUCGUUCCCGUACGCGGGUCUGCUACAGGUGGCAUGUCGGAGGAGGACCCUCACAUGCCGAAAUGGGCUCUGGACCCCUUGCUGACGGAGUCUAGCCCACUUCAGACUGGAAGGGGCACGGAGGGUCAUGGGGCAGUCGAUGGGGCGGAUGAGCCAGACAGCGAGGCGGAUUACGACUCAGAUUUUUCCGACGAAGACAUGGCACGGUAUUCGGGCGUCCGAACGGUGCGUCGAGGCUGCCUCUUGGACUCGUUGCUGCUGCUCAACGCCAUCACCGUAAUCGCGGCCCUGGGAGUAGGUGUUGCGCAGGGUAUGGUGCUGGCAUACCACAAGGACCUCUCGCCGGAAUCGGUGGCUGUUCGGUGCUACAACAUCUUGUUCUGCAUGUUGAUUAUCAUGGCGGAGCUGGAGUGGACAACGACGGUUCGAGAAAUGUUCGUGCUCCAUUCCUGGAUACCUCGAGGGGUGGUUUACUCCUUCGUCGGUGUCCUGGUACUGGAGGAGGAGGAUGAAAAGGGGCUAGACCUCGGAGGCUUUGGCCUGUACAUCACGAUCGUUGCCUGGAUCAUGGUGGGCAUCGGGGCGCUCUACUUUCUUUUGGGUCUCUGCUGCGUGAAACGAAUCCGGGAUAAAAAAAUGGCGAGGCACAAGACCCUCGUGGCGCACGCGGAGAUGCAAGCAGCUAUGAGAAGAGAUCACGACGCCAUCGCAUGAAAAUAUGAUCGAUUUUGAACGAUAUCGCGACCCACACGCCCAUCCUUAUUUCAAUGCCUUUGUUCUCUGCACAGAGGCGCUAGGGUCGACUUUGGUUUGACUUGUGUUUUGCAGUUUGGAUUAACUAAGUAUGUAGGAGGAAGACAAAGACGACAACAUUGCGCGAGGCAUAAGUGUGCAAGGUACGAUUCGAGUACAGUAUAAAUAAUGUAUUCUAUGUCAAGCAAGUCGUGUAUGUUAAGUGCUGGCACGCUUUUCUGAGCCCAUGUUCUUUCCACGGUUGGUUUUUAGUCGGCUGCUGUAAUGAAGCGUGUCCCCAGUACAGGUAAUUCUGUGUUUGAGCUGCUUCUGUGCGUUCAUGGGUGGUGGUGGAUUCUACCGUGGCAAACAUGACAGUACCCUGCCUUGGAUCUCGGCAUCUUGAUUGAAUACAGCAUGUAUGAUUGUCGGUGUUAAUAAUGACAAGGUGAUCGCAGUAUCGUGUUUCCAGGAAGUGUUCCUUGCUGCCGCGGCGAUUCCUACUAUUACCUUCGCUCAUGCUCUGUCUCUCCGUCUCGCUGGUGUUUGUUUUUGGUCGUGAAAUCGGCUGUGCCCUCGGGGUCUUCGGCAACUGAGACAGACAGGAGCAGAAGCACUUGCUUUCCCGUUAUCGCGGAUUCGUGUUCGCGUGUGGCAAGCAUGCUGACUUUCUGUCUCUUCGUGGCCCUUGUCGUGGACAACUAUGGUGUGCCACCUGGUGUUUUUCGUCGGGGACGGACUUCGUCGUCGGUGUGUAUUCCAUGUGUUCUAUGACUGCACGAAUACAUGGAUGUCGGCGAAAGGUUCU